CAGAUUCAGUGCAAAUAUAAUUAUUUUCAUUCGAGCGGUGGUUUCGACUAUAAGUAGUCAAACGAUUACAGGUAGUUGAUACCAAAAUGGUGAAGGCUGCGUGUAUACUUGUAUUUAUUGGCCUCGCCGCCUCCGAAACCUCAAUCAACUCCGUCAUCUCUCGUCUCCUCGACCAAGCCAAGAGUUCCAAGAGCCGGAGCCCCCUGAUCCUGGUCGUCAACAGCCAAACGCUGGAAGAGUCUUCAUCAAGUGUGGAGGCCCCAGUGGAAACGCCGUUCAGGCAAACUGCGGAAGAAAAUGGAAUCUCGCUCAUGACUAUUUUGACACAGCUCUCAAAAGCUCGCCAAAACCCCACCGUGUACCGCUCCCGCCCCCGCUACCAGUUGGCCCGAAAACCUCAAAAACGACACCCAGUCUACAAGUCCCUCCUAAGCCUCCGCAACAGCCUCCGCUGCGGCGCCCGAGACGAAUGCAAGGACGAGUGUGACGAGCUCCCUAAACCGAAAAAGAAGAAGUGUGCCAAGAAAUGUGAGAAGAAAUACGAAUGUGACGAAGAACCUAAAUGCGAAGAAUCUGACGAAUGUGGCCCGGAUCCCAGCACCAAAGGACCGCUCCCGGAUAGUGAGGAACCUACAAAAUGUCCCAGAUGUUAAUUUGGUUAUUUCUGAAUUUCAAAUUAAACGAUAUGAUAUUCUAUAAUAUAAUUGCAAUCCGAACGCAAAUUCUGAGCGUAUUAUUUGAAGGUUGAAGCUGCUCGGAACCGGUAUUUUUUUAACCCCUAAAUAGCCCAAUAUUUUGCAUUGUUUUAUGCUCUUUACGUAGGACUGAAUCAUGUAUUAAGUAACACCUUUGUUUUAUUAGAUUUUCCGAUUAAAAAUGAACCGAAGAACGAAUAAGAACUUAAUAAUACCGGUUCUUUUUUUGAAGCUAAUACCAGUUUCCGACCCCUGGGUUGAAGCGCCAUCACAGCGCCAUCUAUUUUUGAAUUCUUGGACUAAAAUAGUGUCACUGCUUUACCGAUCGAGUCAGCAACCUACCAUUGUAUAAAAAAACUUUUAAGAAAAGAAAACCCAUCCCAUUUACCCAUCUAAUCUUAAAAGCCGGCAAUGUAUAACCCCUGUAAUGUUGCGGGUGUCCACGGGCGACGGUAAUCGCUUACCAUUAGGAGAUUCGUCUGCCCAUUUGCCUCCUAUAUCCUCUAGCCGCCUACACGUCAAAACAUGCCAAGACAAAAUGCAAUUUCGAUUUGUCAAAAUAAGAUUCAAAAUAUAAUGGAAUGAGGGACCUUUUUAUAGGUCUCUGGGCUGCUAGAGGAUAUUAUAAAACAACAAUA